AUGAUAAUUUCAAGAGACAAUAAUUUAUUCCAUUUCAAACUAUCUUUAAUUUAUUGGGUUCAAAACUAACUCAAAUAUCCUAAUAAUUCAUUAAUAAAAAGUCCAGAAACUCUAAAAAGACACUCUUUGAAUAAAUUGGGAGGUGAAGCCGCUGUCACAGCUGUGACACCAUAAUUCUAUGCUAAUAUCCAAGCUGACGCUACAGUUUCCAAUUUCUUCAAUGGAAUCAAUAUGGCUGAUUAAAAAAAUAAGUAAGCUUCAUUUUAUGCGCUGCUCUUGGAGAACCAAAGGCUUUGGGAGGCAGAAACUUGA